AUGAUGCCUCUGAUGCCACGAGUGGCCGCCUGGCUAGUCUUUGUAUUUUUCGCUCUCAGUUAUGCCAGACUUGCUUCCUCUAGACCAAGUCCUAAGUCGAGCUCAGCAUGGAUGAGAAAGAGUCCCUCGUGUACUGUGCCAACUGCGCAGCUGACCACUGCACCUAAAUCCAAUGUUUGGAGUGGGCUUACAGACACAGAGGCUGCUUCUGUAGAUUCUUGGCUAUUUGGUCAGAAAUCACUGAACCUGACUGUAUCCAAGAAAGCAGGAGAGUGGGACAACUCAAUUCUGCUCAUUGAACUUAUGCUACCGAACAAGACCGGAGUGCUUGAAUACCUUGAUAAAGAAGGAAACGCGCCAGUACGAUAUGCUCACGUUGUCCUUGAUGUCCGGGCCACCACCGAGCCAUACUACGAAGAUAUCUUGGUCGGGCCGUUACCAGUGAAGAACGGCACCACUACCUACCAGCCUCUGACUUAUCCUUACACAAGGAAAACAGGAGGUCGAGUUCGAAACCUUGACGCUGACGCUGAUGAUACACUGUACAAAUACUGGAUACACAAAAUUAGUGGUUCUAUCUUGGACAUCACUCUAGACCUUUGGAAUGGCUCUGCUCUUGGUUUUGGAAACGAUACCCUUGACAUAUGGGGACAGGAUCCACUCUGGCAAGACGAUGGAAUCAUUCGCUGGGACCAAUUCUGGAUGCUUCCGACAGAUGAAUUUGAUUCUUUCACACUCCUUCCGCUUGGAUUAUACUUUUCCUCCAAUAUCACCGGGCGAAAUCCCAGCAAGUGGUCUUUUGAAGGAUGGCUAUAUAACAACGUCUACUAUUCCACAACCGAAGAGUUUAGGGCUGCAUAUUACUCUCCUGGAUUCGAAAAACUAAAACCAAAUAUUCAAGGGCCUUGGGCAAACACAGAUCAGCAAGACACUGCGCCGCCACUAGACACUUCCUAUCCACCAAUUUCCGUCACUCCAGGGGGCUCACGGUAUGCUGUGGACAAGGAACAAAAAUAUGUCAAAUGGAUGGAUUUCGAAUUCUACAUUGCUUUCACGAGAGAUACCGGCAUGCGCAUCUACGACAUCAAAUACAAGGGAGAGCGAAUCAUAUACGAACUAGGCCUCGAAGAGGCACUAGCACACUAUGCGGGCAAUGACCCUAUCCAAUCCGGUACUUCUUAUUUGGAUUCAUUCUAUGGGUUCGGUCCUUUUUCUUUCGAACUUGUCGCAGGCUACGAUUGCCCAUCAUACGCCACCUACUUGGACAGCUCCUUCUACACCGUGGAAACAACACACAUUCACAUCAAUAGUAUUUGCAUGUUUGAGCAAGAUGCUGGCUACCCUAUCCAACGCCACAGCACAUCAACUUACGUAAGCGUAACGAAGAAUAUCUUCUUCACAAUAAGGAACAUUUCUACGGUGGGGAAUUACGACUACAUGUUCUCUUAUUCAUUUUACAUGGAUGGCAGCAUUCAUGUGGAGGUGCGCGCAUCGGGUUACAUCCAAUCCGCUUACUGGGCUCACAACGGAGACUAUGGCUACCAAAUCCACGAUGCCCUGUCCGGGAGCAUGCACGAUCAUGUCCUCAACUACAAAGUCGACUUUGAUGUUCUGGGUACAGCAAACACAAUGACAACCACAACUAUGGUUCCUGUUUCCGAGUCGUAUCCAUGGUCGAAAGGCAAAGCGCGUAACACGAUGAAACUUCAGCGUAACCAAAUCAAAACUGAGGACGAAUCCAAGCUGUUGUGGGGAGACAACGGAGCUACGCAAUUUACAGUCGUCAACCUCGAUAAGCCUAAUGCUUUUGGCGAACAUAAAGGUUUCCGUGUGCUCCCAUCACGGGGAACGGCUCACCUUACAGUCAAGGAUAGCAGCAAUCUUGCUAAUGCAGCAAAUUGGGCAACACAUGACCUUUUUGUGACAAGACGAAAAGAUACCGAGCCGCGAGCUGCACACCCUUACAAUUCUCAGGACGUAAACAAUCCCGUUGUGGAUUUCAAUGAGUUCUUCGACGGAGAAUCCCUUGUACAGGAGGAUAUAGUUGUCUGGUUCAAUCUUGGAAUGCACCAUAUUCCUCAUACAGGCGAUUUGCCAAAUACUGUCUUCACGACUGCGCACUCUGGCCUGCAAAUCAUGCCCCUAAAUUACCUUUCUGGAGAUCCCAGCCGUGAAACGGUGAACAUGGUGCGCAUCGAUUACAAAAACGGCAGUGUCAGCGCAGUUGAUACCUUUGGCCAAGCCCAAAUGACGUGCAAUGCUGAUAUUGCAACGUUCGAACCGGACCUAUAUUCCUAUAAAGGCGAUGUGGUGAUCAGGAAAUUUCCCUAUGAUCCAAACAAUCCGUAUUAUGAGACGGACGAUGGGUGA